CAGCUGGGGGAACCAGACAUUCGGGAGCGGCCCGCCGCACUGCUCCGGCGUCUGCUGCACUCGCCCAGCUCUCCUGAGCCGACCGUACAAUCCUCGGCAGUGUCCUGAGACUGUAUGGUCAUCUCAGCCGCCGCGCCCGCCCGGCCCCAGACUCUUUCAACUGCCGUCGUUAGAGUCACUUUUAUUAUUUUUUUGAUAACCCAGGAAAGUGACUGCUUUUAGAGGGAAAAAAAGAACUUCGGUCCCCUUUUCGCUGCCCUCGUUUUUUGCGUUUGACAGCCUCCUCCCACUCCUUUCUCUGACCCCGCCUCCCGGUGCAGGUUCCUCCCUGUCACCUUUCUCCACCCCCUUUUCCCGCACCUAGCCAGCAGCCCGCAAACUUGCACCUGAUUGUGCGGGGCUCUCGGGCCUGCGAGCACUUAGGACCUUUAACACCGGCCUGGACCUCAGGGAGCGGGGCGAGGGCCACAGCGAAGGCAGCGGCUGCAAGCCCCCACUGGCCAAGGGAACCCAGGUGCUCGGCGUCUCAAAAGGUCCACAGCGACAAUGACAGCUGACAAGGAGAAGAAAAGCUGAAGGCAGUGCUGUGGGAACAGGAUGGCUGGACACACAGAAUGGCUUGAGCUGGACCACAGAUUGUGCUGUUGGAAGAUUGUUGGGAUCCAAAGGAAGACGUCUGAAGGACAAACCCUAAACCUGACCUAUUCACAGCUUGUGUGUAGGGACACAAGCCCAGAGAAAUGGCACCAAAGAAAAUAGUCUAGGGAGAAGGAAACACUUAACCUGUGGCGUCUGUAGACUCUGCUAGCAAAGAGUAGCUCAGAGAGAAGGAAGGAGAAGUCCCGGGAUGCAGCACGGUGCCGGCGAAGCAAGGAGACGGAGGUCUUUUAUGAGCUGGCCCACGAGCUGCCCCUGCCUCACAGCGUGAGCUCACACCUGGACAAAGCCUCCAUCAUGCGGCUGGCUAUCAGCUUCCUGCGAACACACAAGCUCCUGUCCUCAGUUUGCUCUGAAAAUGAGUCUGAAGCUGAGGCUGACCAGCAGAUGGACAACCUGUACCUGAAAGCCUUGGAGGGUUUCAUUGCCGUGGUGACUCAAGAUGGCGACAUGAUCUUUCUGUCGGAAAACAUCAGCAAGUUCAUGGGACUCACACAGGUGGAGCUAACAGGACACAGUAUCUUUGACUUUACUCAUCCCUGUGACCACGAGGAAAUCCGUGAAAACCUGAGUCUCAAAAAUGGCUCUGGUUUUGGGAAGAAAAGCAAAGACAUGUCCACAGAAAGGGACUUCUUCAUGAGGAUGAAGUGCACAGUCACCAACAGAGGCCGCACUGUCAACCUCAAGUCAGCCACCUGGAAGGUCUUGCACUGCACUGGCCAGGUGAAGGUCUACAACAACUGCCCCCCUCACAGUAGUCUCUGCGGCUACAAGGAGCCCCUGCUUUCCUGCCUCAUCAUUAUGUGUGAGCCCAUCCAGCACCCAUCCCACAUGGACAUCCCCCUGGACAGCAAGACCUUCCUGAGCCGCCACAGUAUGGACAUGAAGUUCACCUACUGCGAUGACAGAAUCACAGAACUGGUUGGUUACCACCCAGAGGAGCUUCUCGGCCGCUCAGCCUAUGAGUUUUACCAUGCGCUGGACUCAGAGAACAUGACCAAAAGUCACCAGAACUAUGGCACUCCCAGUGGCGUCUCCCCCCCACUCCCCCCCGCCACCCUCCUGACCUCGGCCUCCAUUUCUCCUUCCCUAGUGUGUGCCAAGGGUCAGGUGGUGAGCGGCCAGUACCGGAUGCUGGCGAAACAUGGGGGCUAUGUGUGGCUGGAGACACAGGGGACAGUCAUCUACAAUCCGCGCAACCUGCAGCCCCAGUGCAUCAUGUGUGUGAACUAUGUCCUGAGUGACAUUGAGAAGAACGAUGUGGUGUUCUCCAUGGACCAGACGGAAUCCCUGUUCAAGCCGCACCUGAUGGCCAUGAACAGCAUCUUCGACAACAGUGGCGAGUUGACUGUGUCUGAGAAGAGUAACUUCCUGUUCACCAAGCUGAAGGAGGAGCCUGAGGAGCUGGCCCAGCUGGCUCCCACGGCGGGAGACGCCAUCAUUUCUCUGGAUUUCGGGAACCAGAGCUUUGACGAGUCCUCAGCCUAUGGCGAGACCAUCCUGCCCCCGAGCCAACCAUGGGCCAAGGAAUUGAAGAGCCAUGCUGCCCAGAGCGAGGCCCAGAGCCUGCCUGCCUUCACCAUGCCCCAGGUGGCUGCCCCAGGGAAUACCAGCCCCAGUGCCACCAGUAACAGCAGCUGCUCCACGCCCAGCAGUCCUGAAGACUAUUACACGUCUCUGAAUGAUGAUCUGAAGAUUGAAGUGAUCGAGAAGCUCUUUGCCAUGGAUACUGAGGCAAAGGACCCAUGCAGCACCCAGAUGGAUUUCAAUGAGCUGGACUUGGAGACACUGGCACCCUACAUCCCCAUGGAUGGGGAAGACUUCCAGCUAAGCCCCAUCUGCCCAGAGGAGAGGCUCUUACCGGAGAACCCUCAGUUCACCCCCCAGCACUGCUUCAGUACCAUGACGAACAUCUUCCAGCCACUGGCCCCUAUGGCUUCUCACGGCCCCUUUCUCCUGGACAAGUAUCAGCAGCAGCUGGAAAGCAAGAAGACAGAGCCUGAGCACCAGCCCAUGUCCUCCAUCUUCUUUGAUGGCGGGAGCAAGGCAUCCCUGCCACCGUGCUAUGGCCAGGCCAGCACCCCUCUCUCUUCUUUGGGGGGCAGAUUCAACACACAGUGGCCCCCUGAUCCACCCUUACAUUUCAGGCCCACGAAGUGGCCUGUUGGGAAUCAGCACACUGAGGCCUUGGGGGCAUCACCGUUGGAACCCCCUGUCACCUCGCCCCAUCUCUCCAUGUUCAAGAAGAGGUCUGCAAAAGGCUUCAGGCCUCAAGGCCCAGAUGCGAUGAGCCCGGCCAUGAUAGCCCUCUCCAACAAGCUGAAGCUGAAGCGACAGCUGGAAUAUGAGGAGCAAGCCUUCCAAGACAUGAGUGGGGGGGACUCUCCCGGCAGCAGCACUUCACAUUUGAUGUGGAAAAGGAUGAAAAGUCUCAGGGACUGUGGGAACUGCCCUCCGAUGCCUGACAAACUGCUGAGUGGGGACAUACCCAGUGAUGAGUUCACCCAAAAUCCCAUGAGGGGCCUGAGCCAGCCUCUGAGACACCUGCCACCACCACAACCACCAUCUGCCAUGAACCCCGGGGAGCAUGCCAAAAGCGGGUUCCCCUCACAGUGUUGUGCCUUCCAGUACCAGGACUACAGUCUGCCAUCAGCUCACAAGGCCUCAGGAAUGGCAAGCCGGCUGCUCGGGCCCUCGUUUGAGCCCUACCUGCUGCCUGAAUUGACUAGAUAUGACUGUGAGGUGAACGUUCCUGUACCAGGAAGCUCCACGCUCCUGCAAGGAGGGGACCUCCUCAGAGCCCUGGACCAGGCCACUUGAACUAGAGCCUUCCGCCAGGCAGGCACCCUGCCAACGCCAUCCCACCAGCUUCACUCUCUACGUCUUUUUUUGCAACUAGGUAUUUCUAACACCAACACACUUUUUACAAGAUGUACUUAACUGGUAAAUUUGCCCAAGUCACCAAGUAAUGGCCUUUUUCUGAAGAUGCUCAUUUUGUUAUCCAUAUUUUUAAAAUACACAAUUGUUUUACCUGCUGUGUUUUACUCUGUCAAUGAAAAUGUUCUUAAAUUUUGUAAGAUUUUCCCCCCCAACUUCAAUUACUUCUAAUUUAUAUUAUUCAUAGGCCUUUCUCUCUCUCACACACACAUAGUCAUACUAACAAGUUUGGUGUAUGUUUUGUUCUGCUGUAGGGAAAGCUUUGGCUUCAUUUAAACUAAAAAGAUUUUGUUGUUGUUGCCAAAGAGAAAUAAUUUUGCUUUCCAAGCUUGAUUUGUGCCCUCUCAUAGCCCUUCUCCUUUCUUUUUUAAAACCAAUCACCAUAUUGUAAAUUUCAAUCUUUUUUUAAAAAUCCAACUCUUUGCUCUAAUUUUUAUGACUUUUGGGGGAAAAAAAAAAAAGAAAGAAAUGUGAAGGGUGAACUCCAGUGUAUGUGGUUAUCUGUGAAAGUUGCAACAGCGUGGCUUUUCCUAAACUGUUUGGUGUUUUCCCCCAUAUUCAGUGGAUUUGUUUUUUAAUUAUUAUUCAAAACCAUAACUGAGUUUUUUAAAAUUUAUAUCUGGGUUAAGUGUUUAUCAUAUAUAUGGGUACUUUGUAUUAUCUAAAAACUUAGAAACGGAAAUGGAAUCCUGCUCACAGAAUCACUUUAAGAUCUUUUUUAAGCUGUUAAUUUUCUUUUUCCGGGUGUUGCUGACACUGCAGAAUUGUACAGUACUCCCACGGGCCUGGACUAACACUGCUCAAGGUCCCUCUCUGUUGGCUUUUGCUUUGGGGGUAUACCAUAGGCGUGACAAUCUAAGACGUGGAAUCCAGUGGGAGCAUUGCGAGCUGUCUUCUCCUCACGUUCUGUAUGUAUUAUGUAUGUAUGUAUAUAUUAUUAUUGCUGCCAAGAGGGUCUGAUGGCACAUCAUGGGAUCGGGGGUGGGGGUGGGGCAAAUCUAAGGGAAAGGAAGUGCUUUAACUUUUCUUAAGGUUUUGUUGCUAGCCCUUCAAGUGCACUGAGCUAUGUGACUAGUGGGCUUUCACCUGGCACAUUUGGAUAUUUCCAGAACUACCAUGAGAUGGUUUUGAUGGGAAUUCAUGAAAGACAGUAAGAAUUCAGAAAUGGUGCAGUGAUCCAGUCCAUGUCUUCCCAGCUUACCACCUCGGAGCGCAUGGAUCUGGACUUAGAGGGCACAGAAAGUAGGAGCAGCUAGUCCUGACCAUCCCAGUGCCCCUUCCUCAGCCUGCCCUCAGAUUGCCCUGCAAGGCCGAGGUGCAGCGCCCCCCGCUGGCGAGCAACAGGCAGACCUCCGGCACAACCCCAGCCUCAGGCCCUCCCGGAGGUCUGUUUGUCACUUGAAGUGACUUGUAUAGGUAGGAAGCACUGGAAAUAGAGUGUUCUCAGAGCACUUUAACUCACUGGGUAAGAGGGACAAUAUUUUUUGGUUUUUAAAUACCAAUCACAGAACUUUUCUGUCAUGGGUACAAUGAAGAAGUUUCUAGAAACACACACACAAUGCACAGCAGGCCAAGAAUUGGGUAAGCCUGGAUGGAUUGCCAAAAACAAAACCAAAAAUUUAAAUUUCAAAAAAAAAUUAAGUUAUAAAUCUAAUUACCUAUUCACUGUGUUGCCCAAAUCAUACUUAAGCACCACAGCUUUGUUCCACACACAGCGAUAGAACUUGAAGGGUUACUGACAUGUAAAUGCUGAUGUUUGAUUUCCUGUGUGUGCUGCCUCAGCAUUAAGGGUAUUUUACCCUUGCAGUUUUACUAAAACACUCUGAAAAAUAUUCCGAGCUUCAAUAUUAACCUUACCUGUCAACGUAACGAGUUCAUGUACAUUAUUAUUUUGUCGAAUUCCUACUGACAACAUUAUUACUAUAUGGGAGCUUAACUUUAUAAGGAAAUGUAUUUUGACACUGAUAUCUUAUUAAAGUAUUCUGAUCCUA